AUGGCAACAGGUCAACAGCCCGAACAGGGCGAUGAGUCUGCGCCUCGUCUUGUAUCUACCUAUCUCGAAGGCGAUGUAACCGACGUUCAUACUCAAAAUGACCCUGAUCAACCUUUCCAGCGUGAAAACAUCAUUGAAAGAAGACACAAAGUCGACGUUCGCUGCCAGCAUAAGGACAUCGUUCACGGAUUCUAUUCGGAUGAUGACGACUACGCAGAUCCAUGUAGUCUUGUUGUAUUCGAAUUCGAAUUCAGCCCCAAUGCAAUCGCCCGCCGAAUCAAAUCAGCUCAUGUGACGAUUACCUUCUCGGCAAAAGACAAUGGAACCUCUGACCCGGUGGUCAAGGCCAUUUAUCCAAGAGGGACUUUUUGUGUUGAACCGACACUGCAAACAGAAACCCUUGUUCGAUCAGCAGGAUUCAACUUUGGUAGUGGCGUGAUGGGCGCCCAGGUCGGCGGGGAGCUGAAGGCUGAAAAGGCGAUUGAGCGGGAAACAUACUCUGCUGCGAAAGUCAAAGGCUCCAUUGAUUUGCGGGGACGUACCUAUGGAGACAAGAACAGCGUAUCAUGGCAGCUGUGGGAGAACCCUGUCACCAAAGCAGGGGUCGUCACUCGCUUGCAAGCACCCGUGUUGCUCAAGCGGCAAGACAUGUCUCACUUUAAAGCAGUCAUCACCAUGGAGAUCAGAGCUGACACCUUGACCCAACUUGGAUCAGUUUUCAAGACAGACCCCAAGGAUGAUCCUGUCUAUUACGAUCCUGAAAGGACAGCGUUUAGUACGAACCACCUGCACAGAUAUGAUUUAAAUAAUCUGGGACGGUUGGACUUGAAGUCACUGUCUGAUGUCACAUUGAUGACUGUGCCCAAGGGUGCGGUAAAGGAGAUGUGA